AUGAACGGCUCCUUGUGACUCAAAACAAACUGGCAGAUGCAAGUUUUCAAGCUUCUUCCAAUCGGCGAGACAGCACCUAGUAGAGUCUAAUCUACAGCAUCAUUGAGCGGGACUGCAGGGUCAACAUAGUCUACGUACUGUACGGUGUCGUACUCUAGCUAUUAAUAGACUCUCAAGGUUGAAGGCUUCUUUUAAAAGCUGCUGGCAGUUUCCACCACCCAAAACAAGUCCAACUUGCUCCUCAUUAUUUAUCGAUUGCUAGCUAGGCCUAGGAGGUGACGGCAUUGUAAUCUUACAACCCUCUGUGAACAACCAACUGUGAACAAGAAGAAUUGACGGAACUAGCCUGCGAUGAGUAAUGAGACCAACGAAACAGAAUUGGAUCUCCUGGAUGCCAUUGCCAAACAACUGGCUAAGAAUGGUGGUCCUGCUGCAACAGCGAGUACGACUACGGCCGCUUCCGGUCUUAACUUGCUAGCCGAAAAGGAGGCUGCCAAGAUCAGUGUUGGUGCAGCCGUUUCCUCGCGAGAACUCGUUCCAGAUGGGGAUAGUAGCCAUCUGAAAGAAGAAGAACCAAAGGACCUUGAGAUUGCCAAAGCCAAAGCCAAAUCAGGCUUGUUCAAGGACAUCUCAACCGAUCAACAUGGCCUAACAAAGGUUGCCAAAGGAUACACAGUCUCUGAGGAGAACAAAAACAAGGAUGACCAUCUACGUGGAAACCAGGAGAGCUCCGUCUCCCCCGCUACUGGUGGUCCCCCCACGCUCAACUUACAACGCGACAUCCAUAGUCGCCCUUCCUCCAGACCCGGAGCUGUGGCUGUUGCCGGUAGUCGUUCGACUGAGACCACUGCACCUCCAAUUGUUGACACAAAUUUUACGGCGGAUGAUUCUCUCGAAACGGCGCAGAGCACCCACACAGCUACCGGUACCAACCAGCCUGAGCAAGCAGUGGCCAAUGACAGGAUGGAGCUACGAACGUCCGCAACCAUGCCAUCCGCACGCCUUGUCAACACAGAUGAGGAAGCAAACAUACAAAGUGCGGACCCCGUGCAAGAAGGUGAAUUGCGUCUAUCCAGUGGAAACCUCACCGUUGAAAACAAGACGGAUAGCAAGGAGGCAUUGAAAAUCAUUCUUUUGAUUGCUGUUGUUGGCAUUGUUGUACUUGGUCUCGUCCUGGGCCUGGCCGGCAACCAAGACAAGGAUGCUGCUGAUGUCGUGCCAACAACCGCUCCAACAGUUGUGCCAUCAGCGGCCCCUACUUCUUUUGCAGCCACCUUGGGAUUCCCUGACUACUCAGUGGAGAAAAUCGUGAAUGACUCGAUCUCCCCCCAAGCCAGAGCUUAUGCUUGGCUCAUGGAUGAUCCCAAUUUUGAAACCUACCCUGACUGGAGAAUCCUGCAGCGGUUUGCUCUUGCAACCUUCUACUAUUCCACUGGAGGUACCAACUGGGCUAUCAAUGACAAUUGGCUGAAUCAUACCUUGGAUGAAUGCAAGCACUGGUUCUUUCUGACUGAAACAGCUGGUGUGGACCCCACAACGAGGGAUGACAAAAUCAAUGUGACCUCUCCCUGCGAUGAUGCUGGGCGAUAUCAAUAUCUACUCAUGGGUGGCAAAGACUUGACUGGGUCAGUGCCACGAGAGAUUGGCAUGUUAUCCGAGCUACUAAUCUUUGACUUUGAAAAGAAUUAUGGACUAGAAGGCAGCACCAUCCCUUCUGAGAUUGGACUGCUCACGAACCUGUUGAGACUGUCUGCUGAUCGAAACUACCUUGGUGGGACUGUUCCAACAGAGAUCGGCUUGAUGACUAGCAUGGUUGAGUUGUAUCUGGGCUACAACCCUUUUCCAUCGACCAUCCCUACCGAAAUUGCCAAUAUGCGUGAACUCAAGAAGAUCAAUCUAAACAGAGCAGGAUUUACUGGGACAUUUCCUUCUGAGCUCUACACACUCCCCAAGAUGCAAGUGCUUCUUGUUCAUGGUUUGCUUGGUAUCACUGAAGCUACUAUGGAUGGUGUGUGGCAAAUGACAGAUUUGGAAGCAUUCUAUGCCCACAACCUUCCUUUCCACAAUACUCCAAUCCCCUCAGAGCUUGGCUUGGCCACCAAACUUCAGCAUCUUCUCCUUUGGGAUACAGGACUCACAGGGACGGUCCCAUCAGAACUGGCUAAUUUGAGCAUAUUGAGGCGGUUGGACAUUGAUGACAACCAAUUGACAGGAUCCCUCCCAGAUUUCUUCUUGGGCUUCCCUGGGCUUGAAAUUUUACUGUUUGAUGGAAACCACUUCACAGGCACCUUGCCAUCUAAUGGCUGGCAGAACCUGACCAGUCUAAGGACCCUUGCUUUUUCUGAAAAUCAAAUCAGUGGGACCAUCCCCACAGAAGUUGGUCUUCUGCAAAGCAUGCAAAAACUUCACCUUGACCACAACAUAUUCACAGGAACACUUCCAACUGAGAUAGGAAAUCUAACAGCUCUGAAGGAGGCGUUCUUCCACGAGACAUAUGUUGGUGGCAACGUUCCAUCUGAGCUUGAAUCUUUGCCCGAUCUCAACAUCAUUACCCUCUCCGAUACUUUUCUCACUGGCUCUAUCCCAGCUGGGAUCUGUGACAGUUUGGUGGAUGUUUGGUUCAGUUGUGAAACCAAGUUUCGAGUUACCCUGCCGACCUGUACUAAUGUUGAAGUUGAAGACUUUGACUGUAGGACUUCUCUACUCUGUGGCUGUUCUUGCGAGGCCUGCCCGGGAGAAGAGUCGUCUGGUGGUUUCUUCUUCAACAUGACAUUUGAUCCCUAGAUACCUCCUACCGGUACUAGAAGAUGCCGUGCUUACCAGGGCUUCAACUCUUUGGGCAAAAAUGUGGUGUUUGGGAUAUUGGCUCAGGGAUGUUGGGCAUUCAGGUAUUGCUUCUUCUGGUACAUGAAUCCAAGUCUUUGUAACGGUGGGGGGCUUCCACGUUGCAUGGUUUCCUUGGGUUUCAUACUUUGAAUCAACUGCUUCGACAACUUCACGUAUUACAUAUUAAACUAUUGAUUCAUGGACGAAAGAUUUUGCUUUGAGCUCCCUUUUAAAGUAGCAUCGUAGCGGUAGUCUCAAGAGGUAACAAGUCAUCGACUGAGAGAAAAUUAGGCCAUGCUGUACACACGCACGCGAUCAGCCACAGCUACGUUGUCUCGUUCCUCUUCCUCGAGCUGUAGACUCAUGCAGACGCUUGUUUUAUGGUACAUU